CGGGAUUGUGGGGGACACGGCUUGGACCAAUCACAAGGCCGACUAGAGUGCGGGCGGAAGAGUUCUCUCUUGUCGGCUUCAGCUGAGCGGGUGACGGCGCGCCGACUGAACGUGCCUGGCUGUGAGGGCUCAGUGUGUGGGAUAUGUGUUGUUGGGGGGCUUAGUAUGCCCGGCUGUUGUCCUCCCCCUUUCUGGAAAGUUCUAAUAGACGUACAGUGACGUUUGGCAAGUGUUUGUUUCUUUUACUUUGUGUUUCUAUGAAAAUGAGCGGAGACCAAAGAAAGCUUCCCAGCUGGAUGUCUGACAAGGAUGCAAGUGGCCCUAGUGAAGUAAAAAAGAAAUUUGUGUGGAAGAAGAACAUUUUGGAGGAUAGUCUGCCAUUCCUGGAAUUCAGUGGUUCUGUUUACUAUAGUUAUGAGUCCAAUGAUUGCUCUUACUUGUCAGAGUGUAUCAGAGAAAAACUUUCAGAUGGAGCAGCAAUUGGGUUUGACAUUGAAUGGCCUCCUGUUUACAUUAAAGGGAAAACCGGAAAGGUUUCACUCAUUCAAGUGUGUCUUUCAGAGUUGGAAUGCUACUUAUUUCAUGUUUCAUGCAUGACAGGUUUUCCUAAAGGUCUAAAGAGGCUGCUUGAAGAUGAGUCUAUAAAAAAAGUUGGUGUGGGGAUUGAAGGGGAUCAAUGGAAACUACUGAGUGACACUGAUGUGAAGUUAAAGGGAUUUAUUGAGCUUACUGAUGUGGCCAAUGAAAAACUUAAAUGCAGAGAAAAGUGGAGUUUGAAUGGCUUGGUUAAACACCUCUUUAGCAAGCAGCUCCUCAAGGAUAACUCGGUUCGUUGUAGUAGCUGGGAUAAGUUUCCUCUUAGUGAUGAGCAGAGACUCUAUGCUGCCUCAGAUGCUUAUGCUGGUCUUCUAAUUUACCAAAAACUAGAGAACAUGGAGGAGAGAGAACGGGAUCUGUUCCAUGUCAGUACAGAAGAUAGUUCAGCUUCGCUUGAGAUGAAGGACAAGCUGAAAGCUCUGUCACAGGAGUGCCUUGAUUUAGUGGAUCAAGUCCCAUAUGAUUUUGAAAUCGGUGGAAAGGCACAAAGAGCUGCAGAUAUUCUUGCAAAGCUUUCUGAGAGUCUGGAAGAUGUCAGAAGUAUACUUGCAGAAGCAACAAAGGCACAGGAGGACUCUAAAGAAUUGGUUUGUGAAGGCUCACCAGAGGAUAGUAACAAAGCUGGAACCUGUGUUUCUGAUGGUGAAAUCCACUCAGUUAAUAAAGAUGAUGACUGCACACAAGAAACAAAUGAUAAAUCUACUGAAGAAAAUGAUGCCCGUUUUAAGCAGAACUUGGACCAGGACUUUGGCAUGACUUUAGGCAUAACUGAAGAGGAACUUCAGCUGAUGGAAACGAUAGGGAAAAUCCAAUGCAAGAAAGAUGAUGAAGCUAUAGAGGAAUAUACAGACUUUGAUGAUGAAAUUCACCACAAACCGGUCGUGGAGAGUGAUGAAGAGCUGGAGAAUGAAAUGCUCAAGUCUGUAGAGGAUCUGGAAAACAGUCCUGAGUAUGACACUGGAAAAAAAUCAUUCUCCACGAAUAGUAAAUAUUUAAAUAAUGUUGUGGAUGAUGAAGAAGAUGAAGGCAUCGAAGAAGAGAUUGAAGAAGACUGGGAUCCAAGUGUGCCUGAACCAAAUACUGACCAAAUAGCUUGCUUGAAGACCUAUUUUGGUCAUUCAGGUUUUAAACCAGUUCAGUGGAAAGUCAUUCAUUCCAUUUUAAAAGAAAGAAGAGACAACCUUGUUGUCAUGGCAACAGGUUAUGGAAAGAGUUUAUGCUAUCAGUUUGCACCAGUUUACACCUCUGGUAUUGGGAUUGUCAUCUGUCCCCUGAUUUCACUCAUGGAAGACCAAGUAUUGCAGUUAGAAAUGUCAAACAUCCCUGCUUGUUUUCUUGGAUCUGCGCAGUCCAAAAACGUCAUGCAAGAUGUGAAGGCGGGCAAAAUUAAAGUUAUUUACAUGACUCCUGAAUUCUGUUCCAGAGGCAUUACAUUGCUUCAAGACCUAGACGACAAAUUUGGUAUAACUCUUAUAGCAAUUGAUGAAGCCCACUGCAUUUCAGAAUGGGGUCAUGACUUCAGAAGUGCCUACCGGGACUUGGGCUCGCUCAAGAAAAUGCUUCCAUCUGUACCUAUUGUUGCUUUGACAGCAACAGCCAGUCCCUCAAUUCGUGAAGAUAUUUUGAAAUCCUUAAAUUUGCGCGAUCCACAAGUCACGUGCACUAGUUUUGAUCGUCCAAACCUUUUUCUGGAAGUAGGAAGGAAGACUACAAAUAUCAUACAGGAUCUUCAAAAGUUUCUUACUAAGAAGCCAAGGUCUGGAUGGGAAUUUGAAGGAGCCACAAUUGUUUAUUGUCCCACCAGAAAGACAUCUGAACAAGUAACCUUAGAAUUGUCUAAGUUGGGCAUUUCAUGUGGCACUUACCAUGCUGGAAUAGGGAUCAAGCCAAGAAGGGAAGUGCACCAUCGCUUCAUGAGAGAUGAAAUACAGUGUGUUGUUGCCACUGUUGCUUUUGGUAUGGGGAUCAAUAAGCCGGACAUUCGCCAAGUUAUCCACUAUGGAGCCCCUAAAGAAAUGGAAUCCUAUUAUCAGGAGAUUGGAAGAGCUGGAAGAGAUGGGCUGCCGAGCAGAUGUCAUGUUUUAUGGGCUCCCACAGAUAUGAAUUUUAACCGGCACAUGCUGGGUGAGAUCCAAAAUAAAAGUUUUCGAGAGUACAAACUGAAAAUGUUAGCAAAGAUGGAAAAAUAUCUUCUUUCAAAUAGUUGCAGACGCAAGAUCAUCUUGUCUCAUUUUGAAGACAAACAACUCCGUAAGGUCUCUUCUGGUAUCAUGGGAACUGAAAAAUGUUGUGAUAACUGCAAGACCAGAUUAAAAUAUAACCUUAAGGAUGUAGAAGAUAGUCUUGAAGACUUUGGUCCACAGACCCUUCAGCUCUUAUCUGCAGUAGAAGCGUUGGGUGAAAAAUUUGGCAUUGGUGUCCCUGUUUUGUUUCUUCGUGGAUCUACUUCUCAGCGUUUACCAGACAGAUAUCGCCGCCAUCCUCUGUUUGGUAAGGGAAAAUCUUGGACUGAGGUUUUCUGGAAGGCUUUGGCACGGCUAUUGAUCACUGAAGGCUAUCUCCAAGAGUCCACUGGUCACAGCAAGUUUGCAACUACAUGUGGUCUUGCAAACAAGGGAAGAGACUGGAUGAGUAAAGCCAUGAAUGAGUCCUGUCCAUCCCUGCUUCUGCAACCAAAUGAGGAGUUGUGUUCUCAAAGACCGCCUGCUGUAAGUUUACAGCCUCGCUCUCCUUUGGUCAUUCAGCCUUCGCCUCAUAGGACGUCCAGUAAACCUGUUGCUGACAAUCAGACAUUUUCCCUGAGAGGCAAGUUCUCCUUCCAAGAGGCUGAGAAGCUUCCUAAAGUGGAAUCUAAAACCAGUUUGGGGACUCGGCAACCAUGUAAGCCACCUGAACCCACAAUUUCUGCAAGAGAUAUGGAACUGCAGACUACACUAUAUGGCAAGCUGGUAUCAGCUAGGCAAAAAAUAGCCAGUGAGAAGGACAUCCCACCAGCUGUGUUGGCCACUAACAAGGUUCUUGUGGACAUGGCUAAAAUGAGACCAACAACAAUUGAAAAUAUGAAGAAGCUUGAUGGAGUCUCAGAAGCCAAAGCUAACAUGUUGGCUCCUCUUGUGGAAGUGGUUAAGGAGUUCUGUGUGGCCAACACUCUGAAGGCAGAUUCUUUUUCCGUUUCGGAAUCAGAUGUAAAACCAAAUCCAAUUGUGUCGGUAUCAAAAGGUCCAGUUAACAUGCCACUCCCAGAGUCUCAACGCAUUACUCACUCUCUGUUUCAGGACCAGAAACUGUCUUUGCAAAAAAUUGCUGAUGCCAGAAGUAUAAGCUUGGCAGCAGUUGGCAUGCAUCUUUGGCAAGCUCUGAAAGCAGGCUAUCCACUCGAUGUGCACCGAGCUGGCUUGACUCCUGCAAUACAGAAGACCAUUACUAAUGUGAUUAAAAGUCCUCCAAUAAACUCAGAUCUUUCAAGUUUUCAAGCUAUUCGUUCUUUGGUGGCACCUGAAAUCGAGAUAUACUUAAUAAGAAUGGUGAUUACACUACUUGAAAAAGAGGGGAAUGGUGGAAGUGAAAAAAAGCCAGAGUCCUCAAGCAAAUCAUUACAAGGCCUUGAUGUGCAGCCUGGGAGGUCAUCACAGUCAAAGAUUAGUUUAGAUAACGGCUCCUGGAUUGAGAAGCAGAAACCAGUGAAGGAGAGCACAACUGACAAACAGAUGGCUCCCACAAAACUGGAGCUGCCGAAGACUUCUUCAGUAGCCCCUAUCAAGCUUGCUUCAUGGAAUCAACCAGGGGAAGAUGAAGAUACUGAAGAACUAUUUUCGGAAUCACAGUUGCAGACUUCAAAAAGAAAACUGCCUGAAUGGUUUGGCGCUUCCAAACAAAAUUCCACACCAUCCAAUUUUGUCAAAAAAGCCAAAACAGGAACAAAGAAAGGCCUUUUUGGUUGAAAUAGAUAUAUAAAUGCUGUCAGCAUUUUUAGCAGGUGUACAAUAUAAACGUGCUACAAGGUAGCAAUAUUUUAUACCAUAAUAUAAACUGUGAAAUAUUUUCACUUAGUUCUAAGUAUAUAAUUAAAGUGCCAAUAUUGUUUGUUAAAUAUAUAAGCUUUAAUGGUAUAUUGUGGCUCUCAAUGUAUUCUUAAUGGAGACUCUGUUAUCCUUUGGGCUCAGAUGAAAAGAAUUUGACCAAAUAUAUAUGGGCUGCCUACAGAAGAGACCUAUAUAUAUAUAUAUAUAUAUAUAUAUAUAUAUAUAUAUAUAUAUAUAUAAAGAUAUGUUCACACACUGCAUUGAGCACUGUAAAAUUUCAUUGCGACAUUCCCUGGACUUAUGGUCAGAUUGUGAAUAUGCUACAGGAAAUGUAUUAUUCGGCAUUUGUAAAAUUCGUUUUUUUUAGUUUUUUUACAUUUUUGUGAAUUAAUGGUUGAUAAAUGCCCUGUGAUUUUCAAUUUGACAUUAUAAACCUGAAUUAUACUACUUACACGUUUCCAUUAUAGUGCUACUAUAUUGCUCUCUACUGGUUUUGUGAGCUACUGCUUUUUUCACAUCAUCAUUGCACUCUUAACUGCCUGAUUGACACCAAUAGUAUUACCUAGCUAGGGACCGAAGGCUUAAAAUUACCGAAAUGCCCUAUUUUUCUUCAACAUGGAUGAAGCUGCCAUUUUAUUCAUGUUUACUUGCAAAAGAAACAUAUAAUAAUUUGUGCUUUCUUAUGUUCCUAGUGAUGGGUGGGUUGAUGUUACUUGAAAGUAAAUAUAGUGCUUUUUACCAUGUAUGUGGUCCUUAACAAUUCAACUACCGUGAGCAAACCUUUUUAAAACCCUGCUCAGUAUCUUAUAAAACCAAUGUAACAGCGGUGAGUCUGUGAAUGACUGCUGGGAUCUUAGCCAGACUAACCUGUUGUUUCUCCUCCAUGUUUAAAAGAAGAUAUUUUUAUUGGUAUAUUGUAUGUCACAAUGGGAAAAACUCACCUAUGGCAGUAACAUCAAACCCAAGCAGAGAUAUCAUAAACUACAAACAGAGGACAGUAACCAUUACUUAAAUAUAUAUAAAAAAAAGAUUGGAAUUCUUUCUGUAGUGUGGAGGGUGUGAACAGAGCUUCACACUAGUUUAUACCUUUGAAUUGUAUUUUGGAUAUGUCUAUAAAUGGUGUAUGUUGAACAAUUAAAUAAACACUUUUUUCAAUGUGUAAAAA